AUGGAAAAUAAUAAUAUAUUAGAAGAACCUGAAGGUGUGAAUUUAUAUAAUGGAAAGAUAAAAAAUAUGAGUAACGAAAAUACAGUUAAUUAUAUGGUUCGUGAGAAUAAUUAUUUUGAAGACACGAGGGUGCAAAUAAAAAAAAAGAAUCUUUUGGAAAGGUCAUCUAAAUUAUGUACCGUAGAAAAUAGAAUUAGAAAUGUUAGAAAUAUACCAAACGAUGAAAAGUUGCUUGUCGAAGGAAAUAGUUCUGACACAUUUGUGGAUUCAUCUAUAGGGUUUAAGCAUAUGUAUAUAAAUAAUGUUCAAUCAGCAUGUUUUGAAAAAAGAGAAGUAAAUCAUUUAGAUAUCAAUCAAAAUAAUGGUAAUAAUGAUAAUAAAGAAAAGAAUAUGAAUAUGGUUGAUAAUAAUAAUAAUAAUUGUAAAAUUUAUAAUGAUCAUCAUCUUAACAUAAACAAUCAAAAUUAUUAUAAUAAAAAUAUGAAUUGUUUUAAUAAUAAUAAUUCGAACUCUCUUGAAAUAUUGAAUGAAAAUAAAAAUUUCAUGUACACGCAAGAUAUGAAUAUUUCCCAAGAGAAGAAUGAGUGUGUGCUGAAUGGAGGUAAUAAAAAAGAAGUUGAUUUUUAUUUAAAUGAAGAAGAGCAAGAUAACAUGAUUAAUCAAAUUAUGAGUUAUGAGCAUUUCACAGAUGACAACAACAUCAACAAUAAUAAUAAUAAUAAUAAUAAUUAUAAUAAUAAUAAUGUUAGAAAUAUUUGUAUUCAUAAAAAUGAAGAUGAUUGUAAUAAUUUCAUUUCUGUUGAGAAUAAUAAUAUGGGACAAGCUAAUGGGAAAAUAUCACCUUCCUUGGAUAAUAAAAUGUAUGCAUUUAAAAAUACCGUUGAGUAUGAUAAGGAUAUGAAGAAAAGUAUAAACCCUCAUUGUGUUAUAAAUAAAGAAAAUGAUAUUAUUGGAAGUCUUAAAAAAAAACUAGAGGAUCAAAAUGUUAUGGGUGAAGAAAAAAAUAUAAAUAAUUCAACGAAUUGUUGUAUUACAUCAGAUAAUACAUGGAAUAAUGAUUAUGAAAUGAAACUAGUUAAUAAUAAGUUGAACGAUAUGAAUGAUAGUUCCUUCUUAUCAAAUAAUUUAAAAGAGAACUUAAAAUAUUCAUUUAAUAAGUUUAACAGUUUUAAUGAUAUGUGUAUAAAUGAUAUUUCAAAGAAUGUUGAAAGAGACAUAUUUAUGAAUUCCCAUCAUAGUAAUAAUUUACAGAGCAAAAAUGGAUCACCUGAUAAUAAAAACAAUAAAAAUAAAAGUAAUGAUGAACAUAAUACAUAUGAAAAAAAUAAUAAUAAUGAUGAGAAGAAGAAGGAUGUUUUUAAUAAUAAUGAAGAAGAACACAUGGAAGGUAGGAUUAUUCACUCGAAAGAAAAUAAUAAUAAUACAAAUGGUAGCAAUAGUAAUAAUAAAAAUAAUAGUGUUGUUAGUAAUAUGAGCAGUAGUGAUGAAGUGAAAAAUCGUCAUGUGGAAAGUUCCAAUAUUUUUAAGAAUAUGUCCUCCAAUUCAAAUUGUAAAGAUGAAAAAUAUAUCCACAUGCUUAUGAAGAAUUUUAAUAUGUAUUCAAAUGAUUUGUUAAAUUUUGAUUAUAAAAUAAAUACUAAUGAAGAAGGUAAUAAAAAUAAAUAUGACAACUUAAAUAAUCUAAUAUUUAAUUCUUAUUAUGAUAAUGAUUUAACAUUAAAUGUGAAUGAUAUGAAUCAAAGUUAUAACAAUAAUUUAUGUAAUAAUUUAAAUGUUGAUAGAAAAAAUAUGAAUGAUAAUAUGUAUUAUAAUAUAGCACCAUUCUGUCAUGAAACUACACCAGCAGAAAAUGAUGAUAAAUAUAAAAGUACUAAUAAUUUUAUAAAUGAAAUGAUGAUAGAUAAUAAAAAUAAGGAUAUAACACAUAUAAAUAAUAAUUAUGAUAUAGGAAAAGAUGAAUAUAAUAAACAUUUUGAUGAUGAACAAAAUAACAAAGAUAGCUCAUAUAAAAUAACAAAAAUAGAAAAAAAUGAAGUUGAGAAAAUAAAAAAUAAAGAGAACUAUUCAAAGAAUGUGAAGAAUCUUACUUGUAUUUAUAAUGAACUUUUAAAAAAUGAAAACAUUGAAGAGAUGAUUAAUCAUCAUGUUCAUGAAGAAGAUGAUAAAUUUAAAAAAGAUAAUAAGGACAAAUAUAAUGAUAUGAAUAAUUAUAAUUAUAUUUAUACUAAAGAAAAACAUAAUGGUUUUAAAAAAGAGGAACAUGAAGGUUAUAAUAAUAAUUAUAUUGAUAAUGAUUAUAAUGAUCAUAGUGAUAAUAUUGAAAGUAAUAAUAAUAAUAAAAAUAAAAAAAACGAAAUUAAUAAUGAUUAUACAAUAAAUUAUAGUAAUAGUGGAACAACAAACGCUAGCUGUAAUAAUAUUGUUGAUGGUAGUAAUAAUGAAAAUAUGCGUAAUAAUAGUAAUAUAGUUCAUAUGUUAAUAGAAGAGAAUUCCUUUUUUAAAGAUAAUGCAUUAAGUCAAAAAAGUAUAGAAAAUGAUAAUAAAAUAAAGAAUUAUGAUUCGAAUGAACAUUUGAUAGAUGAUAAUUUUAAUUUAUUUUUAAAUAAUGAAGAUGUCGAUUAUAAAAAAUUCUUUACAACAAAUAAAAAUAUAAAUAAUAAUGAAAAGAAAUGUUCUGAUGAAAAUAAUUAUUCCAAUGAAAAGAAUUAUUCCAAUGAAAAGGAUAUUUUUAAUUCCUUGGAAUAUCAAAAAUAUAAUAAUAAAAACGAAAUAUAUAAUUUAAAGCAAGACGAUGUAAGUACUAUCACAAGUAGUUAUAAUAUGUCCAUGUUUUUUGAUAGUAAUUCAUUUAGUGGUAAUAAUGAUUCUUUUAUGAAAUAUAUAAAAGGUUUCCUUGAAAAUAAUUAUAUAAAUGAUCAAAAAAAUUAUUUGAAUUUAUUUUAUAAAGGUAAGAAAGAAAAUAAUAUGAUCACUCCUAUGGAUGAUAUAUCGUCAAUGGGUGACGAGAAUUAUGUUAACAUUUUGAUGAACGACAUAUUUAAAAGUAAUAAGUACGAAAAUGAAAAUGAAAUACAAAAUGGAAAACAAAAUGGAAAACAAAAUGGAAAACAAAAUGGAAAACAAAAUGGAAAACAAAAUGGAAAACAAAAUGGAAAACAAAAUGAAAUACAAAAUGGAAAACAAAAUGAAAUACAAAAUGAAAUACAAGAUGGAAAACAAAAUGGAAAACAAAAUGAAAUACAAAAUGAAAUACAAAAUGGAAAACAAAAUGAAAAACCAAAUGACAAUCAAAAUCAAAAACAUCAUAAUGAAAAUUUAACAAAUAAUGCAAAGCUCAAUAUGAAUGUUCAUAUGAAUAAUACCCAAAGUACUAAAGAUGAAAUAAGUAAUAAACGAAACAUAAAAAGCGACCUAAAUAAUAACAAUAAUAAUAAUAAUAAUAAUAAUAAUAACAUUUUUUGUGAUAAUAAGGGAGAACAAUUUGAUACUCUUCAUAAUUUAAAUCAUUUUAACAAUAAAUCUAAUAGUACCAUCCUAAAUUUAGACAAUUUAAAUAUUUUUUUAAAAAAAAAUGAGAACCCUAUGGAUUAUUAUAAAGUGUAUAAUUCUUUUCAUGAUGUAAAGAAAAAUGAACAUGUACUCAAUACAGAUACAGAGAAUAAUGAAUUCAAUGAUAAAAACUUUAUAUAUGAUGAUAUUAAUAAAUCUACCAUUUUUAAUAUGCCCAAAAUUAGAAAUGAUAAUAAUGCUACUAAUAUUAUUAAUGCUUAUUAUAAUAAUGUAAAAAAAGAGGAGGAAGUUACAAAUACAAGCACUUUGAAUUCUUCGAAUGUUCUCAAAUUCAAACAUGAUCAUAAUCAUUAUAUUAAUAUGACGAAUGGUAAUAAGUCUCCUGUAUUAUAUGAAAAUAAUAAUAUUGAAAAUGUUAGUGAUGAUGAUAAAAAUAAAAGAAAAAUAAUAUUGAACACAUUAGAAGAAAUCUGUUCUGUCAACGACAAUUCAGUGCAUAAUAAUUCAUUAGGAUUACAUGAAAAUAAACAUAUGACAAGAAAUGAAGAUUUUAUAUAUUCUCCAAAUAAAAUGAAAGAAAUGGUUCAUCAUGAUAAUGUCGAUUAUGAUAAUGAGCAGUUGAAAAAAAAUGAUAUAUAUAAAAAGGAUAUAUAUAAAAAUGAUAUAUAUAAAAAUGAUAUAUAUAUAAAUGAUAUAUAUAAAAAGGAUAUAUAUAAAAAUGAUAUAUAUAAAAAUGAUAUGUAUAAAAAUGAUAUAUAUAAAAAUGAUAUGUAUAAAAAUGAUAUGUAUAAAAAUGAUAUGUAUAAAAACGACAUGUAUAAUUAUACGAUGAUAAAAAAUAAUACUAUAAAUAAUUUGAAUUUUAUAGAUAAAAUAAAUAGUCCAAUUGGAACAAAUAAAAAUGUGGAUUCAGAAAGCACUUUGAAAAAUAAUAAUAAUAAUAAUAAUUAUGUAUAUAAUUUUUCCUUGGAUAAACAAUUAUUCGAAGCUCUAAACAAUCAUAAUGAAAAGAUACAUCCCUACACCACCCAAAAUGUACAUAAUAAUAAAGAACAGGAAGAUAGUGUCUCAACAUUUUGUAAAAAUAAUAUGCUGAAUGAGAAUAAAAAUGAAACUUAUAUGAAUAAUAAACAAUUUAAUAAUAAGCAAGUGGAUAAUGAUAAUAAUAAAAAUUCACUUCAUCAUAAUAAUAUUAAUAAUAAUUUUAAUAGUAAAAAUAUUGAGAACUUUUUGAAUGAAACUAAUGUACAAAAUGUUUUUAAUUCAAAUGAGAAUCUUUUAAAUUAUUUGAAAGGACAAGAAAAAAAUGAACAAGAAAAUCCAAAUGAAGAAAAAGAAGAAAGAGAUAUAUCAUCUGAAAAUAGAAAAAGAAGCCAAGAAAAAAAAAUAAGUUACAAUAAAUUUCAUAACUUUGAUUUUGUAAAUAAUUAUGAUUUAUCUAUGUCAUCCAUAAUGAAUAAUAAAACUAAUAGUAAUAAAACUAAUAAUAAUAAAACUAAUAAUAAUAAUGGUAAUAAUAAUAAUGGUAAUAAUAACAAUAAUAAUAACAACAAUAAUAAUGAUAUUAAUAGUGUGAACAAAAUGAAUGAUGUCGUCGGAAAACUCGAUGGAAAUAUAAAUAAUAAUAACUACUAUCAAAGUAAAGAAGGUGAUUAUGAAAAAGAAAAAGAUAAAAGGGAAAUAAAUAUAAACGAAUUACUAAAUGACAGUAUGAAUAAUAAUAUGAUUAAUGGUAUACAUUUAAAUAAAUUUGAUGAAAAAAUGAUAGAUUUGAUUCUGAACAAUGGUAAUAAAUGUUAUCAAAAAGGAGAUGAUAUGAAAGAUGGUAAAUUUAGUAAUGUUAUAAAUUUAAAUAAUAUUCAUUUAAAUGAUGAUAAUUCUGUAAAUAAUAAUAUGAAUAGUUCUAAUUAUAUGUUAUAUGAUGUUUUAUCAGAACAUAAUAAUAUGAAAAAUGAUAUACAAAAAAAUGAACAUUAUAAUAAUGGAUAUAAUAACAAACAAAAUAUGUCUCCCUCUAAUAAUUCAUUGAAUGAUCGUAAUAAUAAUUAUUAUAAAAUGGAUUAUCGUAAUAAAAAAAAUAUUAACGCAAACCGUAAUCUUACUAUGAACCUGCCUAACUUGAAUAAUAAUAAUAAUAAUAUGAAAAUUUUGCCCAAUGGUAAUUUUGUGAAUAAUGAAAACGUGAAAGGUUUUUUUAAAACAAAUAAUGUAUCUAAUAAUAAUGAUAAUAAUAAUAUGAGUAUUAAUAGUAACAAUAAAAAUAACAAUAAUAACAACAACAAUAAUAAUAACAACAACAAUAAUAAUAACAAUAGUAACAAUUCAAAUGACUAUCCUAAAGCUUUAGAUAAAAAUAACAUAAACGUAAAAAGGGAUAAUACACAAAAUAAUAAUAAAAAGAUAAUGAUGGAUUUUGCCAAAAAUAGAAAUAACGAUCUAAAUUUUAAUGAGAAGAAUUAUAAUCUGAAAAAUUAUUAUAUGCCUAAAGAAACUAUAUACAAUGACAUAGAAAAUACAUUAAAUGAUAUAAAAUCAAAAAAUGAGUACAAUACAAUUAAUGAUAAUAAUAAUAAUAAUAAUAUAUAUAGAAUGAAUACACCGAAUGUAAUAAAUUAUAACAAUAUGAUUGAAAAUGAGAAAAUAAAAAAUAAUAAACAUCAUCAUAAUCAAACACAUCAUAUAAGAAAUUAUAGUGAUAUGUCAAUAUCAAACAAUUAUGAUUUUAAAAUGAAAAAUGUUGGUAGUAAUAAUAUUAAUAUGGGCAGUAAUAAUAUCAAUAUGGGUAGUAAUCCAAGUAAUUUAAAUAAUAAUAUGAAUAAUAAUACAUUGAAUCAUAUGAACAACAAUCAUAAUAAUAGUAUAAAUACACUGAACAAUAUGAAUAGUAUGAAUAAUAACAAAAUGAAUCCAUUAAGAACUGUAGAUUAUAAUUAUGCCAAGAGCAUUUCAACCAGAUGUGCUUCAGAUGCUACCAUAGUAGAUACAUAUAAUAUGAAUAAUACUCCUUUGAAGGGAAAAAAUAAUGCAAAUCUUUCAAAUUUUAUAGAUAAUCCAAAAAUAUUAGAUAAUAUUAACAAUAAUAAUAUGAAGUGUGCUAAUAAAUUAAAUGAGGAUACUACUAAUAAUAACUUAAUAGAAAAAUUUAGAGGAAAUGAAAAAAUGAAAUAUGAAAUGAAAAUACAAAAUAAUAAUAAUUUCAAUCAUAAUAAUAAUCAUUACAAUGUAUUUUAUGAAAAUGUGAAGGGUAGAGAUAAAAUGAAUUUUAAAUAUAAAAAUUUCAAUAAUAAUUAUAUGGAAAAUAAAAAUUAUAUUCCUUAUGAUGAAAGAGAUAAAAUAGAGAAAAAUGAAAAUAAUAAAUAUAUCGAUAAAAUGAAUAAUGUUCAUAUGAAACAUUAUAACAAUAAUAAUAGUACUAAUUAUAACGGUAGUAAUUAUAACGGUAGUAAUUAUAACGGUAGUAAUUACAACGGUAGUAAUUACAACGGUAAUGGUAAUAAUACUUCUAAUAAUAAUAAUUAUUAUGGUAAUAAUUAUAAUAAUAAUAAUAACAACAACAACAACAAUAAUAAUAACAACAAUAAUAAUAAUAAUAAUAAUAAUAAUAGUAGUAGUAGUAGUAGUGGUAGUGCAGCUGGAAUAAAAAAUAAUUAUCCAAAUAAUGAUGUUGUGUCAGAUAACUUUUUAGUUAUUAAAAAGUAUACAGCUAAAUAUGAAGUACAAAUCGAUCCUUUUAAUGGGUUUGAUAUAGCCAAAAGAAUUAUAGGAUUGAAAGGUACUAACAUGAAAAAAAUAUGUAUCGAUACAGAUUGUAAACUUAGAUUAAGAGGUAGAGGUUCUGGUUAUUUAGAAGGAGAAGAAAAAAAAGAAGCAAAUGAAUCAUUACAUUUAUGUGUAUCUUGCCAAAAAUAUGAUCAUUAUAUACUAGCCAAAAAAUUAAUAGAACAAUUGUUAGUCAAAAUUUAUAUGGAUUAUGAUACUUGGUUAUUUAAUCAUGGAAAACCAUAUGCAAACCUAAAACCUAAAACGUAUGAAAAAUUCAUACCAUUAUUUAAAUUCCAACAAAAUUCAAAUCAAAAACAAAAUGUAAACCAAAAUUGA